AUGUCUGAGCUGGGGGAUGAUUCCGCCGACAAGGUUGAGUCGUGUCGAGAACCCUUCAACUGCUCUAUGUUGCCCAUAAAGCACUGUCCAUCUCCUUUCUCCGCAUCGCAGGUGGUUGAGUAUCUCCAAGCCAUCAAUUUUCAACCUCUACCUGUUUGGAGAGCGGAGAGCGAGUGGGUGGAUUUUAAGCCAAAUCUCGAAACGUUGGAAAAGCUCAUGCGGCUGCAUAUUAUCGCUUUUCCCUAUGAGAACACUGAGGAUCAUUAUACUGCGAAAGGUCGCAUCUGCUGGAAGGAGCAAGACGUGUUCAAGCGGCUCGUGACCGAAAAGAAAGGAUACGGCACCGUUUGCUUUGGCCACGGGUUUUUCUUCAGAGGGAUUCUUCGUGCGCUUGGAUAUAGAGCUAUCGCAACCGCGACCCGCAAUAACGCCAUUUGGAACACAAGUCUUGGCACUCCAGCUCUCACGCCCAUCGGCCAUACCAUCCUUCUGGCAACUGUACCUGGCCACAAGAUUCCUUUCUUGGUCGAUGUUGGGUUUGGCGGGAUCCAUAAUUUGUCAUUACUGUCUAAACCUGUCCCGCUCAUUGCUGGCGCCAUAACCGGCUCGUUUACUCCACCGGAGGAGUACAGACUCAUCCCGGGAGACAACACAGAGUCAUCACUUGAACCAAAUCCCUGCGCGCCAUGUGGCUGGUGGUUGCAUGCGCGUCAUUCCACUACUGCUCCGUGGAGAACUAUAUCUUACUUCACGUUGGAGGAGUACACCGACAAAGACUUCGAGUAUUUUGUCUAUAGCAUGGUCACCAUGCCGAAUGGACCCGGUCAUACAAAACUGUUUUGUAUUAAGGUAGUCAAAGGUCCUAGUGGGAUUCUCGAGCGCUACGCCGUUGCUGGUAAGUUCGCGACGAAGCAAGUCGGUUGUGGGGAGAAAGUCGUCAUCGAGACUUUCAAGUCGGAACACGAGAGAAUCGAUGCGAUACGGCGGCUUUGCGGAAUACAGUUGGAUGUAGCGGACGCGCUGAAGCACAUGGCAAAGAGAAAGAUCGCAUUGCCAAUUCAAGAGUCUAGUCGAUUGUAG